CUGUCAACUCUUCACGAUCAAAUAGUCGGGGGUCGGGAAGUGUUUCAAGAAUUAAUAUCAAUUAAAUUGAAUAAAAGUGGUCCUAUUUGUGGAUCACUGAUUUAUACUGGGCUUUAUAAAAGAUUUAGUGACCAAAAUGAGUAAGCUAAUCCCCUCUGCCGCUAAACUUUUGUCCGGAAACACAAUCACAAAAGCGGCCACCCCGGUUGUAACGACCACGAAAUCAAAGUACAGCACGAAAAGUGAAGCUCGGUUUGAGAUUAAGCCCUACAAACUCCACAAAUUGGACAAGGGCCCCGCCGAGUCGGCCACCCUGACAUCGGAGGAUGCACUCAAGAUCUAUGAGCAGCUGGCCACCCUGCGCAGGCUCGAGACGGCCUCCGGGAACCUCUACAAAGAGAAGAUCAUCCGAGGCUUCUGCCAUUUGUAUUCAGGGCAAGAAGCGGUAGCGGUGGGCAUGCGGCAAGCCAUGCGGGACGUGGACUCGGUGAUCACGGCGUACCGCUGCCACGGCUGGACGCAUCUCAUGGGCGUCAGCGUGCUCGGCGUCCUGUCCGAGCUGACCGGGAGGAGGACCGGCUGCUCGCGCGGCAAGGGUGGCUCUAUGCAUCUUUACGGAAGAAACUUCUACGGCGGCAACGGAAUCGUAGGAGCACAGGGCCCGCUGGGCGCCGGCGUGGCGUUCGCACACAAGUACAGGGGGGAUGGCGGCGUCUGCUUCGCGUUGUACGGCGACGGCGCCGCCAACCAGGGCCAGCUGUUCGAGGUCUACAACAUAGCCAAGCUCUGGGACCUGCCGUGCGUGUUCGUGUGCGAGAACAACGGCUACGGAAUGGGCACGAGCGUGGACCGGUCCUCAGCCAGCUCUGACUAUUACACGCGCGGAGAUUAUGUCCCCGGCAUCUGGGUCGACGGCAUGGACGUCCUAGCGACCAGGGAGGCCACACGAUACGCCAUCGACUACUGCACCAGCGGGAAAGGGCCGCUAGUAAUGGAGAUGGAGACAUACCGAUACUCCGGCCACUCCAUGUCGGACCCGGGCACCUCGUACCGCACGCGCGACGAGGUGCAGGAGGUGCGGCAGACCCGCGACCCCAUCACCUCCUUCAAGGAGAAGAUCCUCACCAACGAGCUGGCCACCCCGGACCAGCUCAAGGAAAUCGACGCUAAAGUCCGUACAGAAGUGGACGAGGCGACAAAGCAGGCGAAGUCGGAGCCCGAGAUAGGCGUGGAGGAGCUCGCGGGCGACAUCUACUACAACAACGCGGAGCCCUACAUCCGCGGGCUCCACCCCGGCGCUCCGCUGACGCACGUGGAAGUCAUGCCUAGGGCGCGCAACUAAUGCUCUAGCCUAUUACAGCCUGGGGCCGUAAGCAUUUCUUUUUUUUUGCCAAUAAAAACAUUUUGAUCGUUUUAGGGAAUUUUAGGUCAAUUAUACUCAGAAUCACGAGUACUUUCAAUCUCACUGGGAGACAGAGUGUCCC